AUGGCACAUGCGGCGCUCUGGUUAGGAGGCUCGCUUUGCCUGACUGUGCUUCUUGUUUCAACAUCCAGCUCGUUCCAGUCUUACACAUGGACCUUUCUCUUCCUAAUCCCAUGCCCACCAGGCAGAAGCCUCUGGAAUGGGCACCACGAGGAAUUGGAAUCUCUCCUACCAGGCGAAAUGAUCGGCCGGUGGAUUCAACAAGUUCCCAAUGAUGGCUUGUUGAGAUACUACGAAGCUGGCAAUCAGGAGACACUUCUUCCUACAACUCCCAAAGCCGUUGCAGAUGUUCUUACCCACAAAGCCUAUGACUGGAAGAAGACAGAUAUAACUCAAGCUCUAUUGAAGAAGAUCAUAGGAGAGGGAUUACUGUUAAGCGAGGGCGAUGUUCAUAGAGUCCAAAGACGAAAUCUUAACCCAGCAUUCUCUUUUCGGCAUAUCAAAAAUUUAUAUCCCACAUUCUGGAAGAAAGGAAAUGAAUUGCUGCAAGCGAUAGAGGACGCCAUUAAGCCACUUCCAAACGACAAAAAGGUGAUUACGGUCGGGCCCUGGAUGAGACGAGCCACUUUGGACAUCAUCGGGCUCGGUGGCCUAGGCCACAAUUUUGAUUGCAUUCAGAAUCCCGACAGUUUUUUACCAAGGGAGUUCGAAAAGCUCCUCGCCCCGCCCCCGGCCGCUGCUCUUUCUACGGCUUUUAGAUUCCUCGGCUCCUUGCUUGAUCCCACCUUUAUCGAAGCUCUGCCUUCGAAACAUGCGGCAAAUGCGAAAGAAGCAUCGCGCAGAAUCCGCGAUUUUUCCCGCAGCCUACUCCAGGAGAAAAGCAAGGGGCUCAAAGACGAUCACUGUAGCGAGGCAAUUGAUGUCAUCUCCAUUGCCCUGCAAAGCGGUGUCUUUGCCGACGAAACCCUCGUCGAUCAAGUGAUGACAUUCCUCGCUGCAGGGCAUGAAACCACGGCGACUUCACUGCAGUACGCCAUCCACUUGCUCUGCAAGCAUCCAGAAAUGCAAACCAGACUUCGCGACGAAAUCCACUCCAAUAUCCCUAGCCCGAAUGGAACGCUGCCAACCACCGUCAGCGCAACCCAAAUCGACUCGCUUCCAUACCUCAACGCGGUCUGUAACGAAACCCUCCGCUACUACCCGCCCGCGCCAUUCACCGUCCGACAGGCAGCUCGUGACACCACCGUCCUCAACACAUUCAUUCCUAAAGGUACCAGGAUAUCAAUCGGCAUAUUAGCCAUGAACCGGCAUCCGGAGCUAUGGGGCCCAGACGCAGAGACGUUUAAUCCGGAUAGGUGGAUGGGUCCUGGCAAAGGAAACACUGGUGGAGCGAGUAGCAACUAUGGGCAUCUGACGUUUCUCGAGGGGCCGAGGAGUUGUAUUGGGAGUGGAUUUGCAAAGGGAGAGAUGGCGUGUUUGUUGGCUGCACUAGUGGGCAGGUUUGAAUUUGAAUUGGAAGAUCCGAAUAAAGAGUUGGAGAUUUCAACUGGGGUUGCGUUUGCACCGAAAGAUGGUGUUCGGGCGAAAGUUAGGGUUGUGGAGGGAUGGUAG